AAUACACACUCUGUUUUUCCUAAAGUGUGUGUGUAUGUGUGUGUGUGUGUGAGUUGUGAGUACGUUGCAUACCAACAGAGAAAGUCAGUCACCAAAGAAUGCAUUGAAACACUGAAUGCACGCGGCCGGUCACCUCCAUUUUUUUUUUUUUUUUUUUUUUUGUGCAUGGAUGAUCUUUGAUCCUGAUCUACCUCGUGUAGUCCUGAUUGAUCAGCUCCGCGGCUAACGACACACACUGGUACCACUAAACAGUUAAACAAGGACUGUAAAAAAAAAAAAAAGCUGCAAACCUUAAACGAUAAAAGGCUUCGACUCUGCAGGACAUGGAUCUGACCCUGAGCUGCGCACAAACUCCUCGGACAUAGUGAGUUUCAACUGAAAAUGCUCUCAGGACAAUAACCAAAGUCAUUCACCAGAGGAACCUGUUCACUUUUUUUUUAAGCAGAGAUGUUCACCCUAAGAUGUUUCAUUACGUGCGCUUUGGCUUUUAUUACGACAUCCCAGGCUGUAAAUUUGACCGAGCAGGAUGGGUUGGAGUUUUUGGAGAAUAUUUUACGUUAUUAUGGUGAAAAUGAAACCAUUACAACUGGGAAUCUGGAAGAUUUGCUGCUGCUAAUCUCAGCCAGAAGAUCCGAUUUAAUAACCAAGACAAAUCCACUGGGAAACAAAGAGUGUCCCUCCGCACAGAAGAUCUUGUCCCACUUCGGGUUCAGCCAUGUGCAUGAACUGACUGUGGGACAUCUGGGGAGGAUCUGCCCCGCUGUGUUGACCCAGGUGCUGCUGCCCUCCUGCCCCUACACCGCCCCCGAGCCUCAGCCGACUCACAACUACUCUGUGUGGGGUUACGGCUUUCUGGCCGUCACCAUCAUCAACCUGGCGUCUCUGCUCGGCCUCCUGCUGAUCCCCUUCACCAAGAAGCCGUAUUUCCCCAAAGUGCUGACCUACUUCAUCGGCCUGGCCAUCGGGACGCUCUUCUCCAACGCCGUCCUGCAGCUCAUACCGGAGGCGCUGGGUUUUGAUCCUAAGUCGGAUAAUUAUGUGGCCAACGCAGUUGGAAUAUUUGGAGGGUUUUACCUCCUGUUCCUUGUGGAGAAGAUCCUAAAAAUGGCUCUUCAUAUGGACCAUGAGCACGGCCACAGCCACUUCAGCCCCGCAGAGCUUCCGCCAGAAAACCCUCUCCCCAACGGGGACGUCCUGGAGAAAAACGACUCCAUAGUUCUGACCAACAUCACCACCAUCUCCGCCGACAAGAGCGGCGCCGACCCGGAACUCCUGCACUGCAACGUGAGCCUUUCUCAGGACGCCCAGGUGUCCGGCGUGAUGUGCCACUGGCUGCGCGGGAAACAAAUCAAAAGCAUCAAGACGGUGGCGUGGAUGAUCACGCUGAGCGACGCGCUGCACAACUUCAUCGACGGUCUGGCCAUCGGCGCCUCGUUCACGGUGUCGAUACUGACGGGGUUCAGCACGUCCACCGCCAUCGUGUGUGAGGAGUUUCCUCACGAGCUGGGAGACUUUGUCAUCCUGCUCAACUCCGGUAUGAGCAUCCCUCAGGCCAUUUUCUUCAACCUGCUGUCGGCCGUGUCGUGCUACGUCGGCCUCGUCUUUGGCAUCCUGCUCGGGAGCAACUUCGCCCCCAACGCCAUCUUCGCCAUCGCAGGGGGAAUGUUUCUGUACAUCGCGCUGGCGGACAUGUUUCCAGAGAUGGACAACAUAGCACGGGGAGAACAUCGAACGUCCACCAAGAUCGUCUUCUUCCUCAUCCAGAACGCGGGGCUGCUCACCGGCUUCGCCAUCAUACUACUGAUCACCAUGUUCGCCGGACAGAUCAACCUGGGCUAGAGGAGACGAGGAGGAGAAACGACAAAGAGUCAUGAGCUGCUUUCACUUCCGCUCACGGGGCGAAGUGAACGUUUUGUACAAACAGAACCAAAUGUUUAAAGGAAAGAAGGGGGCAUUUAUACCUUGUGGACGAUCCGUUUAGUGAAAUGUUCACUCCAUAAAGAAAAAAGGGAAAAUCUGAUACAAUCACCAUGUAUGAAAUCUGAGUCGCUUUUAUUUCAAGGAGACAAUAAAUUAUUUUUUUAGUCUUCA